CGGAGGUAAACACGGUCACAUCAAGUGAAAACUCUUCAGCAUGGCACAUUAUCACUGCUGAUAUUGAACAAAAAUUUAAAAGCUCAUAGGAUACAAGAUGAUCAUGGGUGGACCUGGUACCUCUACAAUUACGCAUGUUUAAUAAAGAGGGUGUGGUUAAAAAGGUUUGAGUUGUGGAUGCUUCACUGUAAAUACAUACUAGUGAAAUGGCUCUUCUUCGAAGAAGCCUCUCUGACAGCCUGCUGCUUGAAGAUGACGAUGUGUCUGUAGAGGGUUUGGAAUACACGGACGUGCACUUUCAUGAAGAUGAUGAAAUUGUGGGUGCCAGUGGUCUGUUUGAUCUAAAGAGGAAUGAACAAAAGAAGAAUGAAGCUGUGGACAUUUUGAAGUUAAUUGAUAAUGACAAGGAGUUAAUGAAGCAUGGUUUGAAAUCCAGCAAGAGCUUGGAAAGUCUGGAUAUCAAAGCUCCUAAUGAGGUGUGGAAAGAUUCAUACGACAAGCUCUUCAAUGCUAAAGUCAAGAAAUUCAUGAAAGGAAAUAAAGCUGUUAAGGAAAACAGACAUGGCAUACACAAUGGGCCAGUGACAACCCAAACACUUGACCGCAAAAGCAAAGUAAAUGUUGCAGCUUUACUUGAGAAUGCAGAUCAGAUGCGUCUCACUCCAUAUGAAACAGAACCUGACAAUCAAGUAGGACCAUACAUGGAAUAUCAUCAAUAUGACUCAGAUACGUUACUACAAGGAUCUGACCUGGUGAGAUCAGCAAAGAUCAAACCCAGUAUUGCAAGUGAUGUUCCAUCGCAUCAUUCCACAAUGAACUUGACCAAUGUUGAUAGUGAAAUCAACCUACGCGGUGGAACAUAUACAGAUCCAAAAGUAGAUAUUGGUAUUAAUACACCAGAUUCAAGUCUUACAUUGCCAGAUACCCAAGGAUCUCCGGUGAUGCACCUCACAAAAGGACAUUUUAAAGGCCCAAAAGCAGUGCUUAAUUCUUCUGAUAUGGAUAUGGAAGUACCAUCAGUUAAUGUCAAGAAGCCAACAUUUAAAAUGCCAAAGUUUAGCCUCUCUGGAAACAAGAAUACUGACAUCAGUUAUGAUGGAAGUAUGAAGGGGUCAAAAUUUGCAUUGUCAUCCCCUGAAGUAGCUCCAGGUCUUAAUGGUUCUAAUAUACGAAUUGAUGGACCAAAGGCUGAUUUUAAAGGUCUAAAAACAGACCUUCCAGACAUGGACAUGUCAUCUGGAAAACUGAAAGCACCCACUUUCAGCUUCCCUGAUUUUGGCCUGUCAGGACCCAAAAUAAAAACACCUGACUAUGAUCUAAAGACCCCUGAAAUGAAUCUGUCUGCUCCCAAAUUUAAGGCAGACUUUGAUUCACCAGACAUCAACAUCAGAGGUCAUAAGCCAGAUAUCACCGCACCUGACAUGGAUGUGAAUAUUCCUGAAGGUACAUUUAAAGGACCAAAUUUCAAGAAACCCAAUCUUGACUUGAAUGCACCUGACCUCGACAUAAAUGUUCCUUCUGGUAACCUGAAGCUGCCAAAAUUUGGUUUCUCUGGUAGCAAGCCAGAAGGACCUGAUCUUAAAAUCAAAUCUCCAGACCUGAAUCUCAAAAGCCCCAAAAUAAAGGGAGGAAUCGAUACCCCAGAUAUGGAUCUGACUCUGCCUCAGACUGAUUUGAAAGGCCCGAAUCUAGAUUUCAAAACACCUGAUAUUGAUGUUAAUAGCCCUUCAGGGAAAUUUAAUAUGCCAAAGUUAAAGAUGCCCAGUUUUGGCCUGUCAGGUUUGAAAGGUCCACAUAUGAACAUGGAUGCUGACAUUGAUAAGCCUGACGUUAAUCUAAGUGCAUCAACUCCCAGGCUAAAUGCAGGGAUAAAUAGUCCUGACAUUGACAUUCACAGACCUAAUGUUGAUCUCAAGGGACCAAAAACAGAUCUUACACUCCCUGACAUGGACAUACCAUCUGGAAAAAUGAAAGUUCCAACUUUCAAGAUGCCUGAUUUUGGUCUCUCUGGAACCAAAAUAAAGACUCCAGACUGUGAUCUGAAAAACCCUGAAAUGGAUCUGUCAGCUCCAAAGUUUAAGGCAGACUUUGAUUCACCAGACAUCAACAUCAGAGGUCAUAAGCCAGAUAUCAAAACCCCAGACUUGAAUGUUGAUUUCCCUAAAGGUAAAAUUAAAGGACAAAAUUUCAAGAAACCUAAUCUUGAUGUGAAUGCACCUGAUCUUGACAUAAAUGCCCCUUCAGGUAAACUAAAGCUGCCAAAGUUUGGCAUCUCAGGUAGUAAGCCAAAAGGGCCUGAUCUUAAAAUCAAAUCUCCAGACCUGAAUCUCAAAAGCCCCAAAAUAAAGGGAGGAAUUGAUACCCCAGGUAUGGAUCUGACUUUCCCUCAAACUGAUUUAAAAGGCCCAAACCUAGAUAUCAAAUCCCCUGAUAUUGAUGUCAAUGGCCCUUCAGGCAAAUUGAAUAUGCCAAAGUUUAAGAUGCCCAGUUUUGGCAUGUCAGGUUUGAAAGGGCCACAUAUGAAUGUGGAUGCUGACAUUGAUCGGCCCGACCUUAAUCUGAUUGCAUCAACUCCUAAACUAAAUGCAGGGAUAAAUAGUCCUGAUAUUGAUUUGCAUGGACCUAAUGUUGAUCUUAAAGGUCCAAGAACAGACCUUACCCUUCCAGACAUUGACAAGCCUUCUGGAAAAUUUAAAAUGCCCACUUUAAAGAUGCCUAAGUUUGGUGUCUCAGGACCAAAACUAAAGACGCCUGACUAUGAUUUAAAGACCCCUAAAAUGGAUCUGUCAGCUCCAAAGUUUAAGGGUGCUUUUGAUUCCCCAGACCUGAAUCUCAAAAGCCCCAAAAUGAAGGGAGGAAUCGAUACCCCAGAUAUGGAUCUGACUCUGCCUCAAGCUGAUUUAAAAGGCCCAAACCUAGAUAUCAAAUCACCUGAUAUUGAUGUUAAUGGCCCAUCAAGUAAAUUGAAUAUGCCAAAGCUAAAGAUGCCCAGUUUUGGGCUGUCAGGUUUGAAAGGGCCACAUAUGAAUAUGGAUGCUGACAUUGAUCGGCCCGACUUUAAUCUGAGUGCAUCAACUCCUAAACUAAAUGCAGGGAUAAAUAGUCCUGAUAUUGAUUUGCAUGGACCUAAUGUUGAUCUUAAAGGUCCAAGAACAGACCUUACUCUUCCAGACAUUGACAAGCCUUCUGGAAAAUUUAAAAUGCCCACUUUAAAGAUGCCUAAGUUUGGUGUCUCAGGACCAAAACUAAAGACGCCUGACUAUGAUUUAAAGACCCCUGAAAUGGAUCUGUCAGCUCCAAAGUUUAAGGGUGCUUUUGAUUCCCCAGACCUGAAUCUCAAAAGCCCCAAAAUAAAGGGAGGAAUUGAUACCCCAGAUAUGGAUCUGACCCUCCCUCAAACUGACUUAAAAGGCCCAAACCUAGAUAUCAAAACACCUGAUAUUGAUGUUAAUGGCCCUUCAGGUAAAUUGAAUACGCCAAAGCUAAAGAUGCCACGUUUUGGUCUGUCAGGUGUGAAAGGGCCACAUAUGAAUGUGGAUGCUGACAUUGAUCAGCCCGACCUCAAUCUGAGAGCAUCAGCUCCCAAACUAAAUGCAGGGAUAAAUAGUCCUGAUAUUGAUGUACAUGGACCUAAUGUUGAUCUUAAAGGUCCAAAGACAGACCUUACUCUUCCAGACAUUGACAGGCCUUCUGGAAAAUUUAAAAUGCCCACUUUAAAGAUGCCUAAGUUUGGUGUCUCGGGACCAAAAAUAAAGACAACAGACUAUGAUUUGAAGGCACCUGAAAUGGAUCUGUCAGCUCCAAAGUUUAAGGCAGACUUUGAUUCCCCAGACCUUAAUAUUAAAGGACUUAAGCCAGAUGUCACAGGCCCAGACCUGAAUCUUAAAUUCCCUAAAGGUACAUUUAAAGGACCAAACUUAAAGACACCCAAUAUUGACAUGAAUGCACCUGACCUCGACAUCAAUACCCCUUCAGGUAAACUGAAGCUGCCAAAAUUUGGCUUCUCAGGUAGCAAGCCAAAAGCACCAGAUCUUAAAAUAAAAUCUCCAGACCUGAAUCUCAAAAGCCCCAAAAUAAAGGGAGUAAUCGAUACCCCAGAUAUGGAUCUGACUCUGCCUCAAGCUGAUUUAAAAGGCCCAAACCUAGAUAUCAAAUCACCUGAUAUUGAUGUUAAUGGCCCAUCAAGUAAAUUGAAUAUGCCAAAGCUAAAGAUGCCCAGUUUUGGGCUGUCAGGUUUGAAAGGGCCACAUAUGAAUGUGGAUGCUGACAUUGAUCAGCCUGACCUCAAUCUGAGAGCAUCAGCUCCCAAACUAAAUGCAGGCAUAAAUAGUCCUGAUUUUGAUGUACAUGGACCAAAUGUUGAUCUUAAAGGUCCAAAGACAGACCUCACUCUUCCAGACAUUGACAAGCCUUCUGGAAAAUUUAAAAUGCCCACUUUAAAGAUGCCUAAGUUUGGUGUCUCAGGACCAAAACUAAAGACGCCUGACUAUGAUUUAAAGACGCCUGAAAUGGAUCUGUCAGCUCCAAAGUUUAAGGCAGAUUUUGAUUCCCCAGACCUGAACCUCAAAAGCCCCAAAAUAAAGGGAGGAAUCAAUACCCCAGAUAUGGAUCUGACUCUGCCUAAAACUGAUUUAAGAGGCCCUAACUUUGAUAUCAAAUCACCAGAUAUUGAUGUCAAUGGCCCUUCAGGCAAAUUGAAUAUGCCAAAGCUAAAGAUGCCCAGUUUUGGUCUGUCAGGUUUGAAAGGGCCACAAAUGAAUGUGGAUGCUGACAUUGAUCAGCCUGACCUCAAUCUGAGGGCAUCAGCUCCCAAACUAAAUGCAGGGAUAAAUAGUCCUGAUAUUGAUGUACAUGGACCUGAUGUUGAUCUCAAAGGUCCAAGAACAGACCUUACUCUUCCAGAUAUUGACAAGCCUUCUGGAAAAAUGAAAAUGCCCACUUUAAAGAUGCCUAAGUUUGGUGUCUCGGGACCAAAAAUAAAGACACCUGACUAUAAUUUGAAGACCCCUAAAAUGGAUAUGUCAGCUCCAAAGUUUAAGGCUGAUUUUGAUUCCCCAGACAUCAACAUUAAAGGUCAUAAGCCAGAUAUCACAAGUCCAGAUGUGAAUCUUGAUUUCCCGAAAGGUAAAUUUAAAGGACCAAACUUAAAGACACCCAAUCUUGACAUGAAUGCACCUGACCUCGACAUCAAUGCUCCUUCGGGUAAACUGAAGCUGCCAAAAUUUGGGUUUUCAGGUAGUAGGCCAAAAGGCCCAGAUCUUAAAGUCAAAUCUCCAAAGAUGAAUCUCAAAAGCCCCAAAAUGAAGGGAGGAAUCAAUACCCCAGACAUGGAUCUGACUCUGCCUCAAAAUGAUUUAAAAGGCCCAAACCUAGAUUUCAAAUCACCUGAUGUUGAUGUUAAUGGCCCUUCAGGUAAACUGAAUAUGCCAAUGUUAAAGAUGCCCCGUUUUGGCAUGUCAGGUUUGAAAGGGCCACAUAUGAAUGUGGAUGCUGACAUUGAUCAGCCCGACCUUAAUCUGAGUGCAUCAACUCCCAGGCUAAAUGCAGGGCUUAAUAGUCCUGAUAUUGACACUCACGGACCUAAUGCUGAUUUCAGGGGUCCAAAAACCAACCUUGCAUUUCCAGACAUGGACAUACCAUCUGGAAAACUGAAAAUGCCCACCCUCAAGAUGCCUGAUGUUGGUUUCUCAGGACCCAAAAUCAAGACACCGGACUAUGAUCUGAAUACCCCUAACAUGGAUCUGUCAGCUCCAAAGUUUAAGGCAGACUUUGAUUCACCAGACAUCAACAUCAGAGGCCAUAAGCCAGAUAUUACAGUCCCAGACAUGAAUGUUGAUUUCCCAAAAGGUAAAAUUAAAGGACCAAAUUUAAAAAAAAACAAUCUUGAUUUUAACACUCCAAAUUUUGACAUUGACGCACCUUCAAGUAAAUUUAAACUGCCGAAGCUGGGCCUCUCAGACAGCAAGCCAGAAGGACCUGAUCUUAAAGUCAAAUCUCCAAAGCUGAAUCUCAAAAGCCCCAAAAUAAAGGGAGGAAUCAAUACCACAGACAUGGCUCUGACUCUGCCUCAAACUGAUUUGAAAGGCCCAAACCUAGAUUUUAAAACACCUGAUAUUAAUGUUAAUGGCCCUUCAGGUAAAUUGAAUAUGCCAAAGUUAAAGAUGCCCAGUAUUGGCCUGUCAGGUGUGAAAGGGCCACAUAUGAAUGUGGAUGCUGACAUUGAUCAGCCUGACCUUAAUCUGAGAGCAUCAGCUCCUAAACUAGAUGCAGGGAUUAAUCGUCAUGAUAUUGGAAUCCAUGGUCCUAAUGUUGAUCUUAAAGGUCCAAGAACAGACCUUACUCUUCCAGACAUGGACAUACCAUCUGGUAAAAUGAAAAUGCCUGCUUUUAAAAUGCCUGACAUUGGUUUCUCAGGACCCAAAAUAAAGAAACCUGACUAUGAUCUAAAGACCCCUAAAAUGGACCUCUCAGCUCCUACAAUUCAUAAGCCAGAUAUCACAGCCCCAGACAUGAAUGUUGAUUUCCCUAAAGGCAAAAUAAACAGAACAAAUUUCAAGAAACCCAGUGUUGAUGUGAACGAAACAGCCUUUGACAUUGAUGCUCCUUCGGGGAAACUGAAGCUCCAAGGAAACAUGCCAGAAGGAAGAGAUCUUAAAUUCACCUCUCCAAAGAUGAAUCUCAAAACCCCCCGAAUCAAAGGAGGAAUUGAUAGCUCUGAUUUUCAAGGCCUGGGGUCUGAUGUAGAUUUUGGUACCUAUACAGAAAUGCAUGCUAACAGCUUUGCAGUUCCAAGAGGUAAAACAAAGGCAGCCAAAACGUAUGAUCUUGAUGAUCUCUCAAGAGACAUCAGAAUACAGACUCAUCAGAAAUAUGGUGCCCCAGAAUUUAACAUGCAGGACACCUAUUAUGACUUGAACAGAGACAUGAAAGUUUCUGGAAAAGCUCAGUGGUCUCCAAUACCAGAACAUCUCUCCGGCCAAACUAGAAUCUCUGGAGUAGGUCCAACAUCAUCAGGUGUUUACAACAAUGAUAUGUCUGGGGCACUCAGGUCAAGACAUCAUAAAACAAAACCAAGUGACUUUGAUAUUGAUGGCAACUGGAAUAAUAUAUCAGUGCCUAAAUUUCAAGUUUCAAGAAGUAGAGAAGAUUUAGCUGUGAAAAAUUCAAAUAUGGGAAUAAAUACCAUGCAAAGUUCAGGUGAUAAUGCAGGUUAUUAUAGGAAUAUGGUUCCUAGACGUCAUUACACUACUGAUGAUAUAUGCUACACUUAUAAUGGGAUGCCUAGAAGAGGUGGAUGGGGAAGUGGGCAAACUGGCUAUAGUGGCAGACAGACAAUGAGACAUCUGCAAAUACAUGCAAUGGAUCUGGAGGUUCCAGAAAGCACUUUGAAAGGGUCGAAAUUUAACGUUCUUAAACUAAUAUAGUAGGAUAAUUUAAAGGAAGGGACGUAGAAGACAAGAAUGAGCUUGUCCUUGGCAAUCAUGUUUACAGGGCUGAUAAGAACUAAUAGCAUAUUAAAAACUAACUUAAAGAUACUGUAAAUGAGCUUGAGCAACUUUUUUCUACACUACUUCUUAACACUGAUGAACAAACCUUUCCAUAAAGGAUAUGUUAAACCUGCACUUACAGUAUCAUAGAUCAUUAUGCUCAUAUAAAUAAUAAAAUCUUUUUUUCACAUAACUUUAUGGUAAAAUAUGUGACAAUAUUAUGUGGAUCUUGCCUGAUUAAAUAUUGUAAAUCAUAUAUAUUUUGUAAAUUAUGUAAAAGGCUACAGUAAUGUAUAAAUGCAAUGUGGAUGAGAUAUACACAUGUAAAAUGUUUUGUCUGGAGAAUGUCUCUUGUUUCUUGCCAUUUUUUUGUUUGUUCGUUUUUAAGUUACUCAUCUGAUAUAGUGAGGUACACAGGGCUAGGGGGAUUUGUUUUGAAGGAUGUAUAUAAAUCAAUUUAAAAUGUUCCUACUAACAUUGUUGUUUCAACAUAUACAAAAGCAGUUGUUGUUGUAGAAUACUUUAUGUAAUUAAGUAUUUUAAAGUAGUUAUAUUGAAAAAAGUAUUUACUUGAAUGUUACUUUAAAAAUAUCUUGCUAUUUACAGAGUAUUUGCACAUUAUAACAAAAUCUGCAUAUACAGUCAUGUGAAAAAUUUAGGACACCCUAUUGAAUUCCAUGGUUUUCUGUAUCAGGACAUAA